AUUGCAUAAUCGCACAUUCUUCAAAUUUUUGCACUUUGAUUAAACUUUCGAUUGGAAAUUUGUUUACAUCACUUAUUUUGCAAUGUGUUCGCAUCAGACCAUUUAAUAUUUACAUUAUCAUUGACGAUAAGUGUGAGUUAACUGUUCACCACAGCUCUAACCUCAAAGCAAUGUGGUGAUAGAACACAGAACAAGUUUUGUGGUAAAUAAACAGCAAUGCCCCGAGAACACAGCACUUUUCAGAGGUGCAACAGCACAGGUUCGAUUGGUUUGGGCAACUCGUCCGUAAACUCAGACGACGAGGAUGAGCUCGAAAGCAAGCCCUCUCCAAUGAGCUACAAGGAGCGUCGCCGCGAGGCUCACACCCAAGCUGAACAAAAACGCAGAGAUGCCAUUAAGAAAGGGUACGACACUUUGCAAGAAUUGGUCCCAACGUGCCAACAAACGGACGUUUCGGGGUACAAGUUGAGCAAAGCCACCGUCCUGCAAAAGUCAAUAGACUACAUACAAUAUUUGCAACAACAAAAAAAGAAGCAGGAGGAAGAGCGCAACGCUUUGAGGAAAGAAGUGGUGGCGCUUAGAAUCAUGCAGACGAAUUACGAGCAAAUCGUUAAGGCUCAACAGACACAACCCGGACACACUGAAACGCGGAUUUCGGACGAAGUCAAAUUUUCUGUGUUUCAAGCCAUAAUGGAGCAACUUUUUCUCACGUUUAGUAAUGUAUCAGUGAGCAACUUUUCCGAAUUGUCCGCCGGGGUUUUCAGCUGGUUGGAAGAGUGCUGCAAGCCCCAAACUUUGAAAGAGACAGUUUUUAAAGUCUUGCAGAGGCACAACAACCACAUGAGGAACCAACCACCCAAUUCGUAGCAAUUUCUCGAGCAAAAACACGUGGUUUAGGUUCAUUUCAUUUUCACAAAAACCACCAGUGUUAAUCAGGGGUUUUGCCAGUCAACUGUGUCUUAAUUUGAGGGAAUGGGAGGAAGUUGAUUAUUCUUUGCAAUUUUUAUAUAAAACUUUAAGUACCUAUGCUAUUUUAUCGUUGUAAUUUUGUUUUAUUUUAUCCAAAUAAAGAAUUUUUGUUAA